AACCAAUGUCUUAUUGUAUACUGUUGUCUACGAAAGAUGGCGAGCGGAGUCGGGAAACACAAGAUGCAGGCGGUUGGGCCGACAGAACCAUGGUCAGUGAGAGAAAAACUGUGCCUUGCAUCAUCUGUUAUGAGAAGUGGAGACCAGAACUGGGUCUCAGUAAGCAGAGCCAUCAAGCCUUUCUCUGAGUCUGGACGCCCCCCUGACUGGUUUUCCCAGAAGCACUGUGCCUCUCAAUACUCUGAGCUGCUGGAGACCACAGAGGCCCCAAAGCGUAAACGUGGAGAGAAGGGGGAAGUGGUGGAGACUAUUGAGGAUGUGAUUGUACGGAGACUAACCGCUGAGAGGAUAGAGGAGCUAAAAAGACUGCUGAGAGAGACACAGGAGAAAUACAGGAAGCUUAAAAAGGAGGUGGAUCUGAUCCAGAGUGGUCACCUGGACUCCCAGCUGAAGGAGCUGUGGGCAGAGGUCUCCCAAAAGAAGAAGCAGGAGGAAGACGACGCAGACUUAAAGAAGAAGGCAACAGAAACAGCCUAUCAGGCUCGCCAGGCAGUGAAGAACACCCCCAAGCGUGUGCCCAGCGUGACGGUGCGCUCCCCCCUGGGGGCCAGCCCCGCCAGCCUGGAGGGCACCCAGGGCGACGCCCCUGCACCCCCCCAUGGACACAGCCACGCCCUCCACCGAGGACACCUCAGCGCCCAGGUUGUAGGUGUGUUCAUGCCUGCCUCUGAGACUCCAGCGGCAGGGCCUAAAGAGGGAAGCCUGGGGCCUCUGCUAGCCCAAGAUUGGUGGUCGAUGGAGAAGCUGGAGCUGGAUUGGCUAAUGGAGUUCCAGCUGCCAUUGCUGCCAUCCCCCGCAGAUACGUCUUCCUUGUCUCAUCCAAUGGAAAGUCUUGUUCCCCCCACCACUGUUGCUCCUCCCCCUCCUCUGGCCAGCCCUGUUCCACCCAGCACAGAACCAGGAGUUGAGGCUGGAAAGGUGGGGCCAGAGCUUGGCGAGGAGGCGGGGCUUGUAGAGGAAGAUUUGGUGUCCGUCUCCUACAUGGGGGACGAGCUCGACCUGGAGACAGUGGGGGACAUCAUCGCCAUCAUUGAGGAGAAGGUGGAUGACUCUGUGGAGGCUCUGGACGCGGCGGCGGUGGAGGCCGCUCUCUCCCUCUGUGAAGAGGCCGUCUCUGGGGGACACUCCCUGUCCGGCCCCUGGGAGUCCCAGGAGGCGUCAGAGCCGGGGGCCACAGUACAAGCAGAUCCCAUUCAGGAGCUUCAGGACGGGGAUCCAGCAGAAGCUAACCCCGGGGGGAUGGAGCCUCAGGGACAAACAGAGGCAGAAACUGAACAGGAGCAGCCAGAGGACGAGAAGGAGGAUGAGGGGAUUGAAAGCCAGGAAGUUGGCGGCACUGAUGGCGUCACUCCUUCUGUUGCCCUUGACGACAGCCCGGCAGUAAAUGAGGUCACAGAGGAUGAGGUUACCGGAGAGGAAGGGAUACUGUGCGCCACUGUGAAAAGUGAAGGUGAAGAGUGGACACAGCCAGAACCCCCUUGUCUAGACUCAGAGGAUAGUUCUAUCUCGGGAAAGGAGUCCAAGGAGGUGAAGGAUGAGGACGCAGGAAGCGACGGAGAUCCCGACGAAGGGAUGGAACUGAAGGAGGAACUAGGAGAGGGGGAGGGCCACUACUUGUCAGAGGUGGAGCCAGCAGCCAGUGAGAGCGAGGACGGCUACGGCCUGUCCUCCCAGCGCUACACCACAGCCGAUUCGCUGGCCAGCAGUCCUGCCUCCUCUCAGUUUUCUAUAUGUGGGGAGGACCAGGAGGCUGUCCAGGCUCAGAAGAUCUGGAAGAAAGCCAUCAUGUUGGUGUGGAGAGCAGCGGCCAAUCACAGGUACGCCAGUGUGUUCCUGCAGCCUGUGUCCGACGACAUCGCCCCCGGUUACCACAGUAUCGUACACAGGCCCAUGGACCUGUCAGCCAUCAAGAAAAGCAUCGAGUCUGGCCAGAUCCGCACCACAGCCGAGUUCCAGCGCGACAUCAUGCUGAUGUUCCAGAACGCCGUCAUGUACAACAGCUCGGACCACGACGUGUUCCACAUGGCGCUGGAGAUGCAGCGCGACGUCCUGGAGCACGUGCAGCAGUUCCUUGCCACGCAGCUCAUCAUGCAGACCUCCGAGUCGGCCGUCAGCACCAAGAGCCUGCGGGGCCGCGAGGGGGGCCGCAAGCCCGGGGAGCCUGUCGAGAAGGACAGUGUCCCAAUGGCUUCUCCCGCUUUCCUUCUCUCUCUCUUUGACGGGGGCACCAGGGGGCGCCGUUCCGCCAUCGAAGCCGACCUCAAGAUGAAGAAAUAAAGAGAAUGUCCCAAAC